UUUAUCGUAGUGAUGUUUUAUCUUAAUUAGUACAUGAUUAGGGCAAAAAGAAGUGUAAAAUUGAUUAAUGUAGUAAACUUAAAAAUUUGUUUUAUGAUUCAUAUCAAAAGUGUCUUUGAUUUAAUAUUAUAAACUCUUUUAUCGUUGUCUUUAGAGUGCAGAUGAAGAGAUCUAUCCAAUUUGUGUGUUAUUAUUAACUCUUGCAUUAUGAUUAUAAUGCCUGCAUUAGGAGACUGGCUGCCGUUUAGUCCUACAGUAUCUUUAACAGUGAAUAUCACAUAUGGAGGGAUUAGCUGAACAAAUAUUUAGCUCUCAGAUUGUGGUAAAAUAAAUCCACUGGAUACUCAGCUGUUCUAAAUAAGUUGACUAAAUGUCACAAUGCACAUGCUCUCAAGUGUAACAUAGGCAAGCAAGCACACGAGGUAAACACGAUUGUUCACGUUUGAUACAUCGAUAAGUUCUAAGUAGAAAUGAGUGAUGAUAGAAACGAUUCAUUUCUAUUCUAAAAUAAGUUGGAUGUUAAAAUUCUUAUUAGAACAUGGCUUAUAAUUAGGUAUAAUGAUCCAUAUCAGUACACAACCAUUUUGGACCUUAUUGACUCUAAUCAUCACAAGAAUUAAAGAAAGGCGUAGUUAAUCAAAAAUAAAAUUGAAGAUCUCAGAAACAACUGUUCUGAUUGCUUGCACCCUUCCAACACCAAGUUGAACUUUUUUUAGGUCUUUUGUUGAACAGGACAGAUACUGAUUCACUUCCACAUUUUCUAAUGUUUAAUGAGAAUAUUAUAAAUCACAUUUUGUCUUUAUCCUACUGGGCCUUCUCUACUUUCUCCAAGAGGGGGUAUAGAUCUAUAUUAAAGGGCAAAGAUUUUUUUGUGACCAGGUGCAGUUCACUUUUAUGUUCCAAUAACCAACUUAAAGUUUUCAUGUCAUAUUGAAGUAAUUCAGUUUCAGGUUUCGUUGGGGAAUGAGUUAUUGGAGUAGUUAUUUUUGUAUAUUUAAAUUUCAAAUGAUGAUGUAUCCAUUUCAUUGUUAUUAGGCAAUUUGUUUUCCAAAAACUUCAUGAAAAACAGGUUCUUCAGCUUUUUGACUUGGAGCUAUAAAUCCCAUUUCUUUAAGGUUACUGAAUUGAUUCCAACAAGAGUGGAAUAAUGACUUUGAUUCUGUUAUCCUUAAUAUCAUAUUUCCUAAACUAUGGACCCCUAGAUUUGAGGACUCCAUUAAGGUUGAGAACUUAGUAACUAACGCCUUAUUCCCCAGCAAAGUGGUCUAUAGAUCCUGGGGUUAUCUGACGAGUGAGAGUUUGGAGGAGGAUCCUGGAUGAAAGACAAAGGAAUUGUUGGGGGAAGUGUGCAUAGGGUGACACACGACUACUUGAAGGCGACGUACAAAGUGGAUUUGCAGGACAAAUGGAGAGGAAAUGAAUAAUGAUAAGGGGAAACCAGAAUAACCAGUAGUGUGGCAACCAACCAGUGGUGUGGGCAAAGAUCAGGUUGAAAAAAGUAGGUAGAAUUAGGCACGACGUAAGGGUAUUGAGGAUGACGCCAGUUGUUCCCAGAUAGUAGGCGAGUGUAGGGGAUGUAUGAGGUGCAGCGGAAAUUGAGAUGUAUCAGCGGAAAGGAAUGAAGGGUGUAGAGCAAAACAUAGGGCCAUGGGAGGGUAUACUAGUAUGAGAUAGGUUAGGAACAAUCGAUCGUUGGUAAUAGCAGAAAGCGGAAAAUAUUUAGUUCAUAAGGAACAACGCUAAAGGGAAAUCCGAACUUAGAAAAACUAUGUGAGAUGAGGGUAGGAGAGGAUCAAGGAGUGGAUGUUACAACUUUGUUAAAAUGUUAAUAGUAAUGUGUUCUAGUAUAGGUAACAUUUCUCUAAAUGUCCCGGAACUGGAUGCUGAAGUGGAACAGCAUCUCUUCACUACCCUAUACCUUACAUUAAUACUUCUGCCAAGAUGCCUGCUUCACUUUAUUUAUCAGUCUCGUUUUUCAAUGCCUAUAUGUUAAUAAUGUUAGUAAAGAACAAAGAACUUGGUAAAGAACUUAAAGUACAUUCAGUGAUCGAAGAUUCUUUGAAGUAAUAUAAUAAUUAUAAAGAUUUUGUUGUUUUAGACAGUGUUUAAAAAGUCACAGUUUUAAAAAUUUAUUGGUAAAUAUUUUUCAGUGUAUACAACUAAUAAAACAGCCUCAUCGAUGGAGCAGCACACUUGUACGAUGUGUGGAAAGAGGUACAAGUGGGAGAAAACGCUGAUUCGUCACCAGAAAUAUGAGUGUCAACAGCAGCCUCAGUUUCAAUGUCCUUACUGUGAGCACCGAUCUCACUGGAAGAGUAAUAUCCAGAAACAUAUUGUGGUUAAACACCUGAAACAUCUGACUAGUCUGUUAAAUCUGGUGGAAGACACUGCGGUUACCAAGGAGAAUGGCCCCCACGUGUGCCAAUCCUGUGGGAAAGUCUACCAGCAGAAACGCACCCUGCAGCGGCACCUGCGGUACGAGUGCGGUGUUCCGCCACAAUUCCAGUGUGUAAUGUGUCCGUACCGAAGCAAACACCGUAGCCACCUCACACGUCAUCUGGUCACGGUUCACAACCAGCUACUGCAAGACGCAGAGCUCAACAAGGGUGUCGUCAUCAGCUGAUUUAAUACAAAUAAAAAGCUAUUCUAAAUCACAUUGGUUUUGUUUCUCCAUCAAGAACAUUUUCAGAUGAACACCUUCAUGAUAAAAACACAUGUUCUUUGAUUUGACACUAUCCAACAUGAGUACAUAUGAUGACAUGAGUACAUAGUCAUAUUCUGCUGUAACUUAAUUCUGUUAACUGAAAUAAAGCAAGUUAACGUCAAAACAAAUUCAUUUUUCAUAAUUUGUAACUUAUGUCCUUUUAUAGUAGGUUACAAGAGACUUUUGACACUUCACGAUGAAAGCACCAUAAACUCCACUGUGUAGCAAGUAACCAUAGAAUCACUGAGUACAUUUUCAGAAUCAGCUGUUUCCUUACACUGUUCCCACCCUUACAUUUAUCAUUGUAUAUUGAAUUUCUCUUAACCUCUGAAGCUCCUAAUUAUGAACACUGUAAUAAUAUGAACCUAAAAUAUGCUUACUUUCAUUUCAAAAUUACAUAGAGCUCCACCAUUUAUUAUAGUAUUAUAAGUGUAUCCAGUCUUGGUAUUUUUGAGCCAUAUUUGUUUUCUCUUGUUUCCCAGAUAAAGAAUAUAUAUAUAUAUAUAUAUAUAUUAUGUGUAUAUGUAUAUAUUGCCGGGUACACCUGACAAAUAAUAUUAAUAGAAUAUCCGUCUUCCCUCGACAAAACAUCAGAGGAUACUGUAAGCUGUCAUAAGAUCUAUGCAACUCUGAUAUUUUUUGCAAACUGUCAUCAUGGCUGUGCAAACUGUCGUCAUGGCUGUGCAAACUGUCGUCAUGGCUGUGCAAACUGUCGUCAUGGCUGUGCAAACUGUCGUCAUGGCUGUGCAAACUGUCAUCAUGGCUGUGCAAAACUAUAUCCCCUGUAUGAAAUUGUUGUUUAGUAAUCACUAUUAUUAGUUAUAAGGUUUAGUCAGUAUUAACAAUGACAGUGUUCAAAAAUAACAAUUUUUGCAUUAUACACAUUUUUCUCUACUUUCUAUGAUUAUAAUAUUGAUAAAUCAUACCUAGGAAUCUGCCCUAGUUCAUAAUGAAGCCAACAGUGACAAACCGUUUUAAAAUCCGUUUUGUUGUUUAAAAAAUAUCUAUUCGUAGUAUUAGAAUAUAAUUUAAUUACUAACAUUAUUUGUAAUUGUUUUAUAGGAAAUUUAAAAUCUCAGAAUUCAAGCAUAUCAGAAUUUCGAAAUGUCCAUCUUAAGUAAAUCUAGAAAAUCUUCAAUUUAACUGUGUCGGACAUCAUAUUUAUGAAUAAAUUGUUUAGUAGUAUCAAUGAUUUUUUUAAAUUUACAGGUCUACAUUUGUAAGUUGCUUUGUACAUUUAAUUAAUAACUUUAUAUAGUCUAGCUCUUUUAACCAAUCCACAUAUGCAUAGCCCAUUCCUUUCAACAAUUAUUAUUGUUCUUAGUUUCAAUAGGAGUGGAAAUUCACUUGUGAUUCUACUAACGGAGGAAUUUUUUAAAUAUAAUAUUUAAGGCAAACAAUAAUAAAUAUCUCGCAGUUCAAGUACAUGCUUCAAAUAGUGAGGAGGGAAUACACUGUUAUGAAGUAAAACAAUUAAUUACUUAAUUAAUUAUCUCAUAACGGGAUGUUUUAUCUUAACUGAAACAGAACUAAUUACACUCUAAUAGAUGACUGCAGUGCCUAUGAUUGUGUUAAAGUCAAAUUUUAAAUAAAUAUUCAAAUUUUGUUUUUAAUGUUUGCCUUGUGUUUAUAAAAUGCCAGCCUCAUUACCAGCACUAGAGAUUUGUUGAUAUAUUGGAAUCCUUGAAAUUUUGAUUAAAUUUAAUAAAGAGAAAAACACCUUGGGUAGUUUUGUUCACCAAUCAUUGAGCAACAAAAUAUUUAAAAUAAGCUAUCGAGAGUUAAGUAAUUUUUUAAUACUGUUCAUAAGUGGAAGAUGAGAUUAGAAAAUAAUUAGUUACACUUAAAGGACAGUUUAUCUUUAAUUACCUAAAGUAAAUUUAUAAUAUUUUAAAUGUGUAAAAUUUUAGUCUUUUGAUUCUUCAGUAGUCUUUAAUAGUGUUUUAUGAGAUUUUUAAUUAUUAUUACUCUCAAAAUGUAUUUUAACUUUAUUAUAAAAAUUAACGUCUUUUUUUAAAAAAUUGGAAAUAAUAUUGUAACAUUUUGUUUUCAAAUUUUCAAGAGUGUUUGAGUGAAAUUAUUGUGAACUGUUUUGUAACAGUGGAUAUUAAGCUGAGUAUCAAAGUUGAACAAUAUUGUUACAUUAGAAGUAGGCUACACUCAGAGACUGAGGGUUUGGAUAUCGGUGAUCGUGCCACUUACUGACGCUGAAUACCAUCCUCCACGACUAUUGUUUGUCAGACACUUUCUACCAGUGACCUUGAUACGACUAUUGUACCUGGAAAGAGAGAGUCCUGCACUAAUAUUAUUGCAUGAUUGAAAUCCUUGUGAAAGUAACGUUGACUAUCUAGCUCAAAGUUUCAAAUAUGUAUACCUUACCAUAGAUAGAGAAUAAUUGUAGAAGGUGUGUUGAUAAGAAAAAAUAAUCUCGUAACAGCUUUUCUCUCUCUCUCUCAUGUAUUAAGAACGGUAUUCUACAAAUAAAAACCAGUGUAAAGGAAAUCUUUUGAAAAUUUUAAGUAAAUGUUGAAACAGCAAAGAUAAGAAUGGGUAAUUUGAAAAGUUUUGUUUAGGAUGAUUUACAGUAGAAAAGUUUUAGGAAUAUAAUAAUUCUGAUUCACUAAAAAUAUAAUGAUAGUAAAGUGAUACCAAACUUUGCAUGAUUGUAAAAUUGUACGCAUAUUUCUGGGAAACUCAGUUUUGCUUCUCAGUUUCGAAAGCACAUGCAUAUUGUUUACUAGUAUUUACAAAUUAAGUGAUAUUGAAUGUGAAGUACAUUAACACAAGUUUAUUAAUGUAAAAGUAAUUGUGCAAGAUGAAGACUAAAGGAGCGGUCUUUUACUUGUUACUGACCAUAGGUGUUACCAGGAUGUUUGCAAACUUGUAUGUCGUAUUAUAAUAGGCUCUUUGUAAUCAAGGCACCAUAUGGAUAGGUAGAGAUGGAUCCAGGUAAUUUUGGAAUACAAUCUUUUCCAUCUAUAUAGAUUUAAAUUGUGUUGUUUGGAAACAAACGUUGUAUUCACUGGCGUGUUGUGUUGUAGUCAGCAGGCUGGUGGUAGGGGGUCGACACACGUGUGUGCGCUGCGGCAAGACUUACGGACGCCCCGACACUCUGACCAGGCACCUCAAGUACGAGUGUGGGAGACCCCCAGAGUUCUCAUGCCCCCAUUGCCCCCACCGAAGCCGUCACAGACACGAUUUGCGCAGCCAUAUUAAACGGAGACACCCUCCUGCCAUACGCCCACCACCUGUCAUGUUAUGUAGUAGAUAAACUUUUUGUCUGUA